AUGGAAAAGGUGAAGCCCUUGUCUGCAUGGCAAAUCCCCUCCCUGUCCUUCUUCCUUCCUGCCACAGGCCCCGAGCUGAGGACGGAGAGCACAGAGGACAAAUCCUCCCAGCAGAACCUGGUGGGAGAGGCCAUUUUGAGCAGCUCCACGGUGCAGGAAGGCAGAGGGGAGGAAAAGGGCCAGAGAUCCCCCCGGAGGAGGGGCUCCAAAGCCAACCUGGGGUGCUCUGAGGAGGAAAGACCCAGCCUGUGCUGGGAAGGAGGCCAGAGCUUGAGCCAGAGCUCCGACCUGGUGGUCCCUGAGCAGCCUCCCAGCAGGGAGAAGCCCUUCAGGUGCUUGGAAUGUGGGAAGAGCUUCAGGAAGAGCUCUGACCUCCUCACCCACCAGCACAUCCACACUGGGGAACGGCCCUACACGUGUGGGGAAUGUGGGAAGAGCUUCACACAGAGCUCCAGCCUGCUCCGACACCAGCACAUCCACACUGGGGAACGGCCCUACACGUGUGGGGAAUGUGGGAAGAGGUUCAGGGACAGCUCCAGCCUCCUCACCCACCAGAACAUCCACACUGGGGAACGGCCCUACACUUGUGGGGAGUGUGGGAAGAGCUUCAAGUGCAGCUCCAACCUCCUCAUCCACCGUCGUAUCCACACCGGGGAACGGCCCUACCCGUGUGGGGAGUGUGGGAAGAGGUUUCAGACCAGCUCACAUCUCCUCGACCACCAGCGGACGCACACGGAUGAGAGGCCCUUCCGCUGCACCGACUGCGGGAAGGGCUUCAACCAGAACUCUCACCUCGUCAUCCACCAGCGCAUCCACACCGGUGAGAGGCCCUACAAGUGUGGGGAGUGUGGGAAGAGCUUCACCCACAGCUCUGCCUUGAUCAAACACCAACGGACCCACCCGUAA